AAGCUUCAUUUUCAUCCGUCCGAAACCUCCAUUCUGUCUAUAGAGAGAGAGAGAGAGAGAGAGAGAGCGAUGGCGUUUACGCUGAGAGGACUAAAGGUGCCGCCGAACUCAGCAAGCCUGGAAGAGGCAAGAACUCGUGUGUUCGAAUUCUUCAGGUCCGCCUGCAGAUCGAUCCCAUCUGUAAUGGAAAUUUACAACCUUGAAGAUGUCGCUUCCCCUUCCCAUCUCCGAUCUGCUAUCGUUUCCGAAAUUCGCAAGAACUCUCACAUCAAGAACCCUAAGGUGAUCGACAUGUUGCUCUUCAAUGCUAUGGAAGAGCUGGGCAACAUCACAGAGCACGCGAAGCAGAGACAUCAUCUCAUUGGUCAAUACGUGGUAGGUCAUUCUGCACAUGUUAAGGACUUAGGGGCCAAGGAUACUGGUGGCUCUGAAUUUCUUAAAAGUUUCUACAGCAGCAAUUAUUCUUGAAGAUUUUAGGCUUCUUCUGCAACAACAUACUGCCAGAAUGAAGCUAUCUUGUUUUAUUUUAUUUUUGGUAAUAAUAAUGCCUGGGUAUAACUGCACCAUCUUUUCAUGUGUUUAAUUUUUAUUGUUCCUAAGAACUUCUUGCUAUUGCUUUGCAAAACAUUUACAAUCGCUAGUGGGUGCUUUUGAUGAACCAUCACUAGAUUUUGUAUUAUUGUAUGUGUUUGUUCAACAAUUAAGUGGUAUUAUGCUUUGGGAUAAUCUGAAAAUACAUAUUGAAGAAUCUAUUUAGG